AUGGACGGGGUGCGGUCGCCGGCUGCGUUGGAGUCAUUUGAAGACGCCCCAGCCAACAACAUAACGGAGGCGAUUGACCGAGCAACGCGGAAGGAGAACUGUAGCAGUCGCAAACCUCCUGCUGUUCUAAGUGAACCGAGAAGGCCAGAGCACGGACAACGUGAAUACCCCCAAAACCUCGGCAAACGUUUCGGUGGAUGGAGUCCGAAUAGCCGACGCCGGGAUAGAGACAGGAACAGGAACGAAGGACCACCACGAGGACAUUAUGCGAUCCCGGGUAUGCCCACAAAGUUUAAGCACGAAUGGACCGGACCAUUUGUCGUAGUCGAAAUAUUGAGCCCAAGUACUUGCCGCGUGACCAAGGCUGGGACAGACCCAGAGCGCGAGAGCUCCAUUGUACACUUCAACUCGUUAAAGCCGGUAGCCCCCGUCGUCUCAGGAACGCCGCACACGCCAGGAGAUCUACCGGUCGCCCAAGAAGUGGAAGUGAUGACGGAAGUGCUGGGGACAGCCCUUCCAGAAGAGGGGGCUGUGUAA